AUAGCACAGCUACAAAGUCAAAAUUGCCUUUAAAAAUUCAUAAAAACUAAAAUGAGCUUUUUGGUCUUCAUUUGUGGUUAGGGUUAGGCAUAAGGUUAGCAGUGUGGUUAAGGUUUGGGCUAGGUUUAAAAUAUUUUAAGAAGAGAAAUUGUAGAAAUAGGCGGGGUUUACGACUUUGUGGCUGCAUUAACUAGUGACAACCAUUAACGGGCGACAGACUUGUUGAUGUUGAGUUGGCACUUUGGCUUUUGAUGGCUAACAAGGAGAGCAGCAGAUGACGACGCGAUGUCAUUACGGAGAGUAAAUGUGGCCAUCCUUGUGCUGCUGGCAGUAGCAUUUCUGAUCAUCGUGCAACGGAAUCUCCUGAAUCUCAAUGACUUCCUUAGAAGUGAGAAUCCAGAUGCAGUGCCAGGUAUGAUUCUGCCAUUUGAGUCUGAGUUUUCUCCUGAGCUCAGACCAGACCUUGUGAGAACUGGGGAGAAGAUCCCAGUGGUCAUUACUGCUGCAGAGGAGAGACUGGGAGCUGUGGUGGCUGCCAUGAACAGUGUCUACCAGAACAGCAAAGCCAACAUUGUGUUCAACAUUGUGACCAUGAAUGACACUGUGGAUCACCUCAAGGUGUGGAUGACUAAGACUAAGCUUAACAAUGUCAAGUACAAGAUCAUCAUAUUUGAGCCCCAACUUCUCAAUGGGAAGAUUACCAAAAAUCCUCAGAAGCUUGACUCUGUGAAACCGUUGACCUUUGCCAGAUUUUACAUGCCGGUAUUCAUACCAGAUGCAGAAAAGGCCAUUUAUUUGGAUGAUGACAUCAUUGUACAAGGGGACAUCCAAGAGCUUUUUGACACAAGCCUAAAGUCAGGUCACGCAGCUGCGUUCUCAGACGACUGUGAUUCUGCAUCCGCAAAGGGCAUCGUUCGAGGGGCCGGGAACCAGAACAAUUACAUUGGCUUCCUGGACUUUAAAAAAGAGGCCAUCAAGAAGCUGGGCAUGAGGGCUAACACGUGUUCCUUUAAUCCCGGAGUGAUCGUGGCCAACCUGACGGAGUGGAAGCGUCAGAACAUCACCAACCAACUGGAACACUGGAUGGAGCUCAACGCACAAGAGGACCUCUACAGUAAGACCCUGGCAGAGAGUAUCACCACACCUCCCCUGCUCAUUGUCUUCUACAAACACCACUCCAGCAUCGACCCCAUGUGGCACGUCAGACACCUAGGGGCUACUGGUGCUGGAAACCGCUACUCUCCCCAGUUUGUGAAAGCUGCCAAACUCCUCCAUUGGAACGGACAUUACAAACCAUGGUCCAGGACCUCUUCAUUCACCGAAGUCUGGGACAAGUGGUAUAUUCAGGACCCCAUGCGUAAAUUCCAUCCAGUUCGGAAACAUGCAGGGGACAAGUAGACUAAAGCAGGGAUGUGACCAGAUGAGUCUGCCUGUCUGUCCUCCCAGAGUGACUUCUCAGGAACCCUAACGUGAUGCAAGCCCAUUCCAGUGAUAUGUCUGUUUACCAUGCAGCAGUGUUGUAGAUCUCAGGCAGAGACAGGGGCAUGUUCCAUAGGAUGUUAUGGAUACAUCUCAAUAGUCUAGUGGUCUUCUGUCUUAUUUUUUCACAUCAAUGCAGAUGCAGCUACAUAAGACUGUUGAGAUGCACCAAUGGUUCUAUGCUUAGCUUCAUGAGACGAUAAUCAUGUGCCUGUGUUCAGGAACUAUCCCUCUAACAAUUUGCCAAGAUUGCCUCUUUCCUUAGACAUUUACUUUGAUUCAUUAUUCUGUCAGAACAAGGAUCAAUGUUUGUUACUGCCGGUUGUCUCGCACUUUAACUUUUGUAUAUCACUACCACAACACUAAACUUUACACAACAAAUAGUUAUAAACCAGCUUGAAGCCUACUAUCGAUUGCAUUUUGCAAAGGAUGGAUAUAAUGGUAUACACAAACCACUAUGGUAUCAAUACAUGUGCAAUAGCUGAAAUGGAUAUGGGAUAACCAUGUGUCGAAUAGCUUAUUUACAUCAUUGACACUUAUCUAGAGUGCAUACGUGCUGGUUGCCCGUGGGUAUUAAACCCACUAUGCUCUACCAACAGUCACAUGGGACCAACUUCUGUGGUUUUUAUUUUUAAAGUAUUCUCAAGCUCUACGCCUCCUGAAUGUGGUGAUUGCUCAUUUUUAUACUCUGCUUUGUACAAAGGAUUAUUCUAGCAGAUAUAAAUAUUCAAAUUGUGUCAUCCUUUUGUAAAAUAAGCUUAAUAAAACCAAGUCAACUA